AUGGCGGAUCUUGCUAGUGAUUAUUUCGUCACCUCCCUGCAGUACACCAAGAAGACGUACCAAGAUGUCUACCCAGUCAUCGACCCAACCAAUCCCUCCAACUCCCUCGCCGGGAGGAUUGCCAUUAUAACCGGUGCAAGCCGCGGCAUUGGAGCCAGGGGUAUCGUGCCAUCGUUCGCUAGAGCCGGGGUUCAUGGCUUGGUCCUCGUUGCCCGCGAUGAGGCUAAGCUGAAAGAAGCGGAACACGAGGUUCUCGCCAUCAACCCCAAAAUCGAAACACUACUUGUUGCGUUGGAUGUCACGAAUGAAGCCGCAGUGGGGCAGCUCUUCGACAAGAUCCAGGCACGAUUCGGCCGUCACGCAGACAUACUGGUCAGCAAUGCCGCGAUAAGUGCGGCCACGAAUGAAGGCGGCCCGACGCUCCAUGAAGCCCCCGUUGAUGAAUGGUGGAAGAACUUUGAAGUCAACGUCAAGGGAUUCUUUGUCUUUACGAAAUACUUCAUCUCUGCUCUUCCGUCUCCAACUACGCCGGCUACUAUAAUCAACAUCUCAACCUCAGGAGCAUGGCUUGUUUAUCCUCUGGCCGCUGCCUAUAGCGUCAGCAAACUUGCUAGCCAACAGUACUGUACUAUGCUUCAUGCCGCGUAUGGAGGCACCCUCAAUGUUGUAAGCAUCCAUCCUGGUCUUGUGGAAACAGAUAUGACCCAUCCUUUUUUCCGCAAGUUUGACUUCGAUACUCCUACGCUGACGGGAGGGCUAUGUACUUGGGUUGCGGCCGACGCGGAACGCUCGGGGUUCCUCAGUGGGAGAGUCAUUUCAGCGAACUGGGAUAUUGAAGAGUUGGUCGCUCGUAAAUCGGAUAUUGUUGCUAAGAACGAGUUAACAAUGGACCUGGUGGGCACCUUUGGCAAGGAACAGUUCGAGACUGCAUGA